AAGGAGGGCAUUGACGAUUUCCAUGGAGAUUUUCUCGGCCCCUCAGAUGAGGUUCUCAGUCUUGCUGCAGAGCAGCAGCAACAACAGCACCGCUUUGAAACGGCUUAGGAUUGAAGGGGGCAAUGACCUGGUGAAGCUGCCGCUAUCCAGCUUUCAAGAGCUCUGCUCCUCCAUCUCAACCCUGCCAUGCCCGCUGGAUCGGUUGGUAUUCUGGCACAUAGAUUUGGGUUAUGACAACAAAUUGAUGGACGCAAUAUGCCCAUUAUUCCUUGCGACUGCUGGCAUAGGGCUAUACUCCGCUGGAGAAUUGGGCGAGAAUGCCAUGGAGGCUCUAAGCAAGGCUCUGGCGUCUCCCAAGUGUGUGCUGGAAAGGCUGUGGAUUUCUGACAAAACCAGAUUAGGAAACGAAGGGUUGGAUGGUCUGCUCAAACACCUUAGUCCGGGCAGCAGUGCUAGACUGAGGAGCUUGGAGCUGGUGGACAUAGGGUUUGAUGACAGAGGAGCAGAGGUUCUGGCACGGGCAGCAGCAAGUUCCAAAUUGCAGAGCCUGGAAGAGCUGCACCUACAAUAUGACCAUAUAGGUGACAAGAAUUUCAAGCUUUUAUGUGAGGCUCUUCAAGGGGGCCAUCUCCCUCACCUGAGUGUGUUGCGCCUGGAGCUUAAUGGGAUCGAAGAAGAAGGUGCAACGAGUUUGGGUGGUGCUUUGGAGAGCGGUAGCUGCUCUUUGCACAGAUUGUGCAUCACUUGGAACGACAUCGGUUACAAGGGAGUGGAGUGCCUCAUGAAGGCCCUGCCUAGCAGCAAAAUUCAAGACUUGACAUUAUCAAUAGGGAUGCCAAGGCGGGAGGAUUCUGCAGAGAAAUACUACGCAAUCGCGGGAACAGCACUGGUUGAAAAUCCACAAUACAAGCUGACACGCUUAAGUUUAGGUUUUACAUACAGACUCGAGGCUACAAACAUUCCGCAAGUAUUUAUUGAUGGUCUGAGCGAGACGCGCACACUUCAAGAGCUAGUUAUAGAGGACAGACUGACGCCAGAUGCUCAAGCGAGGCUUGGGGCCCAUCUGAGACACUCAAGCUUGGUACGACUGGACUGUAGAACAUUUGAGCAUGAAGAUCUAUUCCAGGGAAUGCUGGCAAGCAAGAUACACAAGCUCAACAUAUGGGUGACGCCACAGAAUCUGGAUAUGGUCUGUGACUUGAUUCUUGGAAACCCAGAUUGCAAUCUUCAAAGCCUGGAAGUCGGGGGAACCUUGGACAUGUGGAUGCAGAAGCAGAUGCUGGAAGCACUAGAUAGGAAUUACCAAAGCCAUCUGGAAGAACUCUACGUGACAAAGGGAUCAGAAGCCCUGGACGCAAAAUGCAGUGAACUGUUGAAGCGGAAUUCCAUAUUUCGAGCUGCUAGAGCCUCAGACAAGGAGGCUUAUAUGGCAAAACUGUUCUUGUGUGGUCCAACUCAGGCUGGGAAGACCACCAUCAAAACAAACAUCAGUCGCAAAAAAUAUUUGCCACUCCCAGCUUGCCUCCAACGACACCCUUCAACAUCUGGAAUUGAGUUGCAACCCCUCUCCUUCACCUUCAACAACACUGAACAGAAGCUGCUGAUUUGUGAUAUGGCUGGCCAGUAUGAGUUUCAUGCAUUCCACCACUCUUUCCUGAGGGGGUUCGACAAGAGCAUGUUCUUGGUAGUAUUGAGAGUGGACAACAGUGUCAACCGCAAAAACUUCACUACUGUGCUGGUGUAUUGGUUGAGGUUUAUUCCUUCCCACAAGCCGUCAUCAUCCAAACGGAAGCCUAAAGUGUUUAUUGCACUCAACCUCUUCAGUGAAAAAGUCACCUUUGAUACACUUGUGGAUGAGGUGGUUUGCAUAAUUGGGCAGUACUGGGGGAUUUUGGACAUUGAUGAAAACAUCUUGAAGGUGAAAGCAAUAAAGGCAAGGACUUUACAGGUUUUGAAAAGCAAAUUAAGAAAGUCUUUACAAAUAUUACUUUCACAACAACUCAGAGUCCCUGGCUUGUGUGAAGAUGCCAAAGAAAUGUGCAUACAACUGAAGAAGAAUAAAAUGCAGAUUGUGGAAGUGCAAGAUAUUGGCAAACAACUGCUGGUGAAAUAUCAAAAACAGAUCAAAACAAGUUUGGAUGAGGCUCAGAAGCAGAACAUGAUCAAAUUCGUGUUCUUGUUCCUGCAUGACUUGGGAGAGGUGGUUUAUUUUGAUUCCAUUUCAAAGUAUGCCAUCUUAGAUGUGGAGUGGUUUAUUCGAGAUGUGAUCAGCCUGUUUAUUGAUCCCCAGAAGAUAAAUAUCUCAUCAAACAGCCAACAACAGAUGGUACAAGACAUACAUGCAGUUGCAGAUAAACUAUUCAAACAUUGUCAAGGAGAACAAGCCAAAGUCGAAUAUAUUUUUCAGUGCCUGUAUGAGAUGGGUGUGCUGAUACCCAUAGACGAUGGCUGGACUGGGACAUGGAAACCUCUACCUAAAGAAGUUGCUUUACCAGCACUUUCAGGCAUCCAGCUGUCAUACGCCCCAUUUGACAGAAAACAAGGGGAGAAGUACAAGUACUGGGGCAGGAGAUUGGAAUGCAAGGAUGUCACGUUUAAACUCUUUCCAUCAGGUAUCUUUGCAAUGAUUCAAGCCAAACUUCAUAAAGAAUGUAAGAAUCCAAGUUUUGAUGUUGGAAGUGGCUGGGUAUCGUUCAAUGAAGAUAGGCUUGGGGUAUAUGUGAGGAUAGGAGGUGAUACAGAUUCAUGGACAGACAGACAAUGGGUGGAAUCAUGCUUUUGGCACCUCAGGAUGGUAGUAUGAAGGCUGAGGAGCUGAUGAUGAAGAUCAAGAAUUGUGUUUUAGAUGUUUGCUUUGGUGAGCUGGAAAUUGGUGAAGAGAAAGUUUUGAAGACUAGAUAUGUUGAGAGGAGAAUGCACCAACCACAUAGUGAACCAGAAAUUCAAAGAAUUCAACACUUGAACUCACCUGAAGUGGCUGUCCCGCUUUCACAAAUUCAAAAAGAAGCAGAGGAGAAAGGCCUGAAUUACUCCCACACUUGGACCCGCAAUGAAGAUGAUGAGCUGAGUAAGCUUCUGCUACCAAGUGAGCAGAGAGAACACAUCCAGAAGAGAGCUAUUGAUCUCAUUAAAGUCUGUCAGGAUUAUGAAAGGUUUGUGAAGGUGGUGUACGACACUCCCCCGCUGGAUAAUCACAUUCUAGAAGUACCAAGGGACAUUGAGAAUGAGGAUUUAAAAAAAGUGCUCAUUUACAUCCAACAGCGAUUGGACCGCAUGGAAACAAGCUUGGAGUCUAUCAAAGCAACACUGGAUAAGAUAGAGAACAUGGGAAGACAAGUGUUGGCACACAGCUCCAAAAUGUUGCACUCCCUCAGAGUAGAAUGUCCACGCUAUCCAUAUCUGGUAAGUGAGGAUAACAAGUUCAUGAAGUACGUAGAGUUACGCCAUAAGGUGAGAGUCCGGUACCAUUGCGAGUAUGCUGAGGGGAGUCACCCAGUAAACAACACAGAAGGUAUGACAGUGAAGGUGCCAAAAGACUGGCUGAAAAACUGGGCUCCGAUGCUCAUCCCUGGACUCAUAGUGCUCUUCAUGGGGAUCAACGUUGCAGCAAAACUAUUGCAUGUGGAUUCAUUUGUCAACGGUCUUGUAGAUGUUCCCACACAAGAGAUGCUGAACUUUCUCAGGAGUAACAUGGGUAGGGAGACUUUGGAUAUAGAAACCUGGAAGAAGCUGAACCCGACAAAAGGAGAUAUUGAACAAGUGUUUGAAGUGGUGCGGCAGCAAUGCAAUGCAAGAGAUAACCUGGAGAUAGAGAGUAUGAUGCGCAAGUACUGUGGUCUGCAAUGGCAUACAGGUGCAGGUGCAUGGCUUUGCCAGAGCCACUAUUUAGAACUCAAUUCAACCUACACGUGUAGUUUCAACUGAGCUCUAAACAGGAGACGCAACCCGGGCCCAACGUUUUGCACAAAGCUAAAUUUGUUUGUCUUCCGGAUGCAAGAGGCGUGAAAGCCCCGACAGAGUAACAUUCUGGACGGAGUUAUCUACCAGGCACAACUACUGUCGUAACAACGUCGUUUGCACAGCAGAGUGGAAGUUUGAACAGUUUGUUCCUUUAAUUUGGCUUCUCAUUGGCUUUCUCUGAAGUUUCUGCCAAGGUGGAGAAGAUCAGCUACGAUGACGAAAGCAAAAAAGCCGCCAGGAGUUUAGGACGAGACUUCGUUGAUAUAAAACAGGUCGUUAAGGUUCAGAUUGAGAUUCCUUUAGAAGCUUCCUCCUGCCCCUGCGUGACAUCCAAUGCCUCCGCCAACUGGUGGUUUUCCUGAGCAACACCCAAAUCCCAAUGCACAAGUCCAACCGUCUUGAGCAAUACGAAGCCCCUCAAAAGCAGGCUGCGACUGACCAGGCCCCAAAACGGUGUUCUACGCGUUGAAAGCUCGAAAACUUUCAGGACGUAGACUCGAGGGACUCGUGAUCUGACAUUUCUGUUUCCUCUGGAUCGUGAGCUCCUGGAACUGCUGGCAAGAUGUUAAGUACUGUCGAGUUGUCAACAUGUCCCUUGUACCCAACAUCCCGCAUUCUUGGCCUGCGCAUGCUGGUGGUGCUGCUAGUGUGAGACAUGGUGUAGCAGAAGUUAGAGACAAUAACAAACGAGGAUGGUAAACUACUUUCUCCAGGCGGUGGUAAAUUUGCACGAUAUGUGAGUUUAAGUUGUUCUUUUGGAGUGCC